AUGUCGACACCUCCUGGAUAUUCAACAUGUUACGCAAAGGUAAAAUUAUCCUCAUUCUAUAAAACAGCGGACCGUCACCAUAUGUCGUGCUACGGUGGGAAUUUAAUGUAUCGAAACCCUUCACAUUCGACGAAUUUGGAUGAAAUAAUUUUACAUAAUAUGAACUUAAAAAUUGACCUCGCUAGUAGUAAAUCAUGUUAA